AUGAGCUAUCAACUCACCUUUGAGCCGGAUUACCAGAAAACGGUACUCUACCAUCGGCAACUCAAAGCUGAACAUCCAGAAGCAGCUUCCGAGCUUGUCACGUCAUGUGAUCGUCAAUUCAUCCUGACUGGAGAUAAGGUUACUCUUCCACCAGCAUCGCAUCCAAACUCCAACAAAGCGUUGGUCAACUUCUUCAACACGGUUUUGAUGCAGAAAUUUGUCAAAGAGCCGGUGUUUGUCUACGCAGCGGAACUUUUCGAUGAGUUGUACGAGAACAAGUUCGCAAUGGAGACUGUGACUAAAAAUGAUUACACCAAGUUGUUCUACAAGCUGUUUAAGGUCAACGACCUUGUCUUGCUUCAGAAGAAGAUAAUCCUUUUCCCAAUCAACUACGGUUACACUUGGCAUCUCGUGGCUAUUAAUCAACCGUUGAAGUCAACAGUUGAGGGAGAAAACUGUGAUGUCUAUCUGGUGUCAGCGCAUCGUGUGGUGCCACAAUUCUCGCUGGCAAAGGUUAUCACCAAAUAUCUCGAGAUGGCUUUCUCGGUCAUGAACGAGACAGUUAUCAAAGAGAACUUCAAAUUCCAUGAGAUGGUCUUGGAGGAUUGUGCCAACCAACCACAAGUUCUUUGCUGUGUCUACACAGAACUUGCAUUCAAGAUUUACGAAUGCAAAAAGGAGAUGUCCCUGUAUUUUUCGGGAAUCAAGCCAGAUGUUCAACAAAUGAAGUUCAAUCACUACAUUUUUGCUCGUUACAUGCAAACCAUGCUUAACUGUUUUGCCGUUGAGCACAACGAAUUUGGACAAAUUCCUCACUUUAAUGUUAUCACCCUGGAGGAUGAGGAUCUUGUUUGGGUGGAAAAGACAGAUCUGGAUCGUAUCCUGAACCCAAACCGGCAGCUCCGAACAGUUCGUCCACUUCGCCAAUUCGCACCAAAACGGGAACCAAUUUCCGAAUGGAUGGCUAACCGGGAAGCAGCUCGCAAGGCAGAGGAGCCCACUUCAACAUCUGAUUUGUAA